GUCGGCAGCAAAGCUUGUUUGCAUCCACCUCUCCGAAUUUGGCCACCUCAUCGUUCGUUCAUCGUCUCUUCGACCUCAGGAGCUUCAGAGAUACCAGCGCCAAAAAGGAUUCUUUCUGUUUUCGGUCAUCAGAGAAAGCAAAAAGAAAGAUGAAGACGACAACUCUACGGUACCACUCUUGUUUGUGGUGUCUUGCCCUAUCACUCCUGGUGUUGCAAGAGCUGACCCGGGCAUUCUCCAUUCCAACACAGCGGCUCCCUCUUGUCCAAAACUUGGAAAGUAGCGAAUCAUUCGAAGUUUCAGAUUCGCCAACGACACGCAAGUACCGAGAUGUCUCUCACUCGAUUGCUUCCAAAUUCGUCACGAGGGAUUUCAAGCCCCAUCCUGCCUUGACCAAUCGACACAUUCAGACCAUCAGCGGAGUCUACUUGCGAAGCUUGCAAGAGUACAAGUACGUAUCAGAUUCCAUGGGAUUGAUACGGUCUGUGACCAACUCGGUAGUGUCGUCAGUGUUUGCGGGUAACGAUGAAGAUGAUAAAGACAAUAUCAAGAAUCUCUUGUUGAAUCCAGAUCACGAGGGAUUCUACGACGAACGACAACGAUUCGAAACUCCCGAUGGAGACUUUUUCGAUGUGGAUUUCCGCUACCAGCAUGCAUCCAACAAGCCAUCCAGCAAGGGCAUGGUGAUACUCCUACAUGGUCUUCAGUCCAACUCUCAGUCCACCUUGUCGGUCGACAUGGCUACAGCGUACUGGAACCAAGGCUUGGAUGUUGCCUGCAUGAAUUUUCGUGGUUGUUCCGGCGAAAUGAAUCGAAAGAUGGGAGGAUAUCACCUGGGAUUUACCAAUGACGUUAAGCAGUUCCUGCAACACUUGCGAGAACGUAACAAUGGGCAUUUCCCGUUGUACCUGAGUGGAUUCUCCCUGGGAGCCAACGUCGUGUUGAAAACACUGGGUGAGCUGGGGGAAACGGCACAUCGAGACUUUAAUGUGUAUGGCGCUGCCGUUUGCGGGGCACCCUUUGACCAGGAGCGUAAUGUUGACUUUUUGCAGGCCCCUGGCUUUAACAGGUUGGUGUACACAGGCACGCUGGCCCAGUCCAUCAAAACGCGGAGUCUGCAGCAAUUUGAACUCUUUAAAGGGAGUGAUGAAUGGAAGAAGAUUGACCUUCAACAAAUCAUAGACGCGGAAACCAUUGCGGACUUGGAAAACGCCGUGCUGGCACCAAUCUACGGCUUUGAUGACUACAUUGACUACUAUCGCAAGAACAGCUGCCUGCAGUUUCUAGACAACAUUACGGUACCAACCUUCAUUAUAAAUGCCGCCGAUGAUCCCUUCUUUGACCCCAGUGUCUUUCCAUGGGAGAAAUCCAGUGACUUCAAUAAAAAUAGCCCCAUCAAGAUGCAACGAACGGACCACGGUGGACACUUGGGGUUCAUGUUUCAUCAAGAACAGGGACGGAAUGACAUGGAACGGAUAGGGAUACCAAUGGAAGCAUCGACAAUGUCCAAACAGGAAGAAAAUGCAUCUUGGAUGCCUACAGAGUUGGCACGGUUCGUCGGGCUUGUUUUUGAAGAACGAGCAGCUUUGGACGAGGUGGUAAUCACGAGCAACGAUGUGGUGGCAGCGGGUAACCAUCGGUAGCUCCAAUACGUGCUGCAAAAGAAAAGUCGUGGUAAUAGAUUGAAGCAAGAUACAGGCACUGUGACAGCUUCUUUGCACUACUAGCUAGUGGCUUGCUGGACGAUGCCGUUGUUGUCCGGCAAGCCUACAAUCCUGCACAUGGACCAAUAGAACAUAAAACAUAGACUAUAUGAGAUGUUGGACU